AUGUCUUCGAAGACUCUUACUAAAGUUACUAUUGUCGGAGCUACCGGCCGGAUUGGAAGUGCUAUUGCAAGUGCGCUUUUGCAAACUGGCAAACAAACCGUCAGUGCCCUGACACGCGAAGGCAGUCAGGGAAAUGUUCUUGAUGGUGUUCAGGCAAAUGUCGUCGACUAUGAUGACGAAGCUUCAGUCAUCAAGGCUCUCAAAGGCCAAGAUUUUCUGAUCAUUGCCUUGGCUGUUAGUGCCCCGCAAGACCUUCACCAACGCAUCUGUGCUGCGGCAGGGAAAGCUGGCGUACAGUAUAUCAUGCCCAAUUGCUGGGGCUAUCCCUUCAAGGAUGGAGAGAUCCACGAAUACACCAACUAUGAUAAAAUGGUCACUGACCGGAUCAACGACACUAAAAAUGGUGUAUCAUCCUCUAUCACUUUGUCCUGUGGCUUCUGGUAUGAAUGGAGCCUGGCAAUAGGUGAACAGUGGUUUGGCUUCACGAUCAAAGACCGAAAGGUUACCUUCUUUGAUGACGGAAAACGUAUCGUCACCGUCAGCACCUGGGACCAGUGUGGACGCGCACUAGCUGCCCUUCUUAGCUUGCCCGAGUCAGGCACAACGCCCUCCGUUGUCGACUUCAAGAACGGGAAUGUCCUCAUUUAUAGCUUCCGUAUCUCGCAGCGAGAUAUACUGGAUAGCUUGCAUCGUAUUAUGGGAACCACGGAUUCCGAUUGGGAGAUCAAAUACGAACCCGUUUCUCAGCGCCUUAAAGACGGCGCUGAAGAAUUAGCGAGUGGUAUUUUUACAGGCCUUCCCAAAGUUUUGUAUGGAGGCAUCUUUUCGUCUGAAAAUCCUAUGAGUGACUAUGCAGGAAACAUGUCUCUGGCAAAUGAUGUUCUUAGUCUUCCCCAGGAGGACUUGGAUGAAGCAACGAAGAGAGCAGUUGAGAUGGUUGAAAACGGUUGGAAUCCUUUCAAUAUUUGA